GACUUUUCCAGAAGAGCCGAGCUGUGCCUCUCGGACCACGUUGAGCGAGUCUUGUGCUUAAGUUGGCGCGUUGUUUUCUUCCUUUGCGUUUGGUGGGCGGCUAUGUCGGCGGUGAAGACCCUAAAUCCUAAGGCCGAGGUGGCCCGAGCGCACGCGGCGCUGGCGGUGAACAUCAGCGCAGCUCGGGGGCUGCAGGACGUGCUGAGGACCAACUUAGGGCCUAAGGGCACCAUGAAGAUGCUUGUUUCUGGUGCUGGAGAUAUCAAGCUUACUAAAGAUGGCAAUGUGCUGCUUCAUGAAAUGCAAAUUCAACACCCAACUGCCUCCUUAAUAGCAAAAGUAGCCACAGCCCAGGAUGACAUAACUGGUGAUGGUACUACUUCAAAUGUUCUCAUCAUUGGAGAGCUGCUGAAGCAGGCAGAUCUCUACAUUUCUGAGGGUCUUCAUCCCAGAAUAAUCACUGAAGGUUUUGAAGCUGCAAAGGAAAAGGCCCUUCAAAUUUUGGAACAAAUUAAAGUGAGCAAAGAGAUGGAUAGGGAAACACUUGUAGAUGUGGCCAGAACAUCUCUACGAACUAAAGUUCAUGCUGAACUUGCAGAUGUAUUAACAGAGGCUGUCGUGGACUCCAUUUUGGCCAUUAAAAAAAAAGAUGAACCUAUUGACCUCUUCAUGGUUGAAAUCAUGGAGAUGAAACAUAAAUCUGAAACUGAUACAAGCUUAAUUAGAGGACUUGUAUUGGAUCAUGGAGCACGGCAUCCUGACAUGAAGAAAAGAGUAGAGAACGCAUACAUCCUCACAUGCAAUGUGUCAUUAGAGUAUGAGAAAACAGAAGUGAAUUCGGGCUUUUUUUACAAGAGUGCAGAGGAAAGAGAAAAGCUAGUAAGAGCUGAAAGAAAAUUCAUUGAAGAUAGAGUUAAAAAAAUAAUAGAACUGAAAAAGAAAGUCUGUGGUGAUUCAGAUAAAGGAUUUGUUGUUAUUAAUCAAAAGGGAAUUGACCCCUUCUCCUUAGAUGCUCUUGCAAAAGAAGGCAUAGUUGCUUUGCGCAGAGCGAAAAGAAGGAAUAUGGAGAGACUGACUCUUGCAUGUGGUGGGGUAGCUCUAAAUUCUUUGGAUGACCUAAAUCCUGACUGUUUGGGAUAUGCAGGACUUGUGUAUGAGUACACAUUGGGAGAAGAGAAAUUCACCUUUAUUGAGAAAUGUAACAAUCCCCGUUCUGUCACAUUAUUGAUCAAAGGACCAAAUAAGCACACACUCAAUCAGAUCAAGGAUGCAAUAAGAGAUGGCUUGAGGGCUGUCAAAAAUGCCAUUGAUGAUGGCUGUGUGGUUCCAGGUGCUGGUGCUGUAGAAGUGGCGAUAGCAGAAGCCCUGAUUAAAUAUAAGCCCAGUGUGAAGGGCAGGGCCCAGCUUGGAGUCCAGGCAUUUGCGGAUGCACUACUCAUUAUUCCCAAGGUUCUUGCACAGAACUCUGGUUUUGACCUUCAGGAAACAUUAGUUAAAAUGAAAGCUGAACAUACAGAAACUGGUCAGCUUGUAGGUGUGGACUUAAACACAGGUGAACCGAUGGUGGCAGCAGAUGUAGGUGUGUGGGAUAAUUACUGUGUGAAGAAACAGCUGCUUCAUUCCUGCACUGUGAUUGCUACCAACAUUCUCCUGGUUGAUGAGAUCAUGCGAGCUGGAAUGUCAUCUCUGAAAGGCUGAAUCGGAAUCUCUUGUAGAAAUGGCCAUUUUUGUGCAAGCUUCAAGUGACUUUCAGAGGAAUUUUCUUCCCUUAUGAAAAAAAGAAUACUUGGAAUCUGUUUAAAUUAUACUGUAAAAUCAUAACUAUGGUAUUUUUUUUUUUAUUGCACUGAGUGUACACACAAAGUCCUUUUUACCCGGUGAACAAGUUUUGUUUUAGCUGCAAUGAUUAAAAAAUGUACAUGUUAAAUUGGCAUGCUGUCUACCUUGUUUCUUAACUGUUCCUUGAAGAAUUGUACUGUUAAUUUUUUGAACCCAGCUGUGGUGGUACACACCUGUAAUCCCAGCACUUUGGACAUAAACACAGGAGUUUUAAGCCAAUUUGGGCUAUAAUGAUACCUUGAAAAAACAAUUUUAUUCUUGGGGGUGUAUUUUAAAUUUUAGCCAACUGCCCUGUUAACAUCUGAAUGUAAUGCUAACAUGAGACAUAACUGAUAACAUAAAGUUUUGAAAACAUCUAUAAUAAAUUUUUGAGUGAAA